GCUUUGUAUCCAUUUCAGGGGGAAGCACAUGGGAAGCGGCAGCGGCGGCGGCGGCGGUGGUGCCGGCAAGUGUCAGAGCCGCAGAGAGAGUGAGAGCAGCGGCAGGACAGCACCGGCUCCUACCCAUCCAGCCGAGCAGUGCUCUCGGCCGUUCUCCAUCUCCUUCCCUCUCUCCCUGCCUCCUGGCUGUGUGAUCUCCACACACUGACAUCUCUUGUCAGUGAUCCUGCUCUGCCUUUCAUUAUCAUUGUUGUUGUUGUGGCUUUUUAGGGAGGGAGGAUAGAGAGACACAGAGGACAUGGAAGAAGCAGUAGCGGCGCCUCGCGUGGACAUCGACCCGGAUUUCGAGCCGCACAGCCGGCCCCGAUCGUGUACCUGGCCGCUCCCUCGGCCCGAGUUCCCCGGAGCUGAAGGCAAAGCGGAGGACAGCGGCGUGAACCAGGAGCCGGCCGCCGCCGGCGAGCAGGGCGGCGGGGGCAAGGCAGAAGCCAAGGCUGUCCCCGGCAUCCCUUCUCCCCUCCGGCUGAGCGAGUGCGGGCAGCACCGCAAGAAAUCUUCGCGCAGGAACGCAUGGGGCAACCUGUCAUACGCGGAUCUGAUCACCAAAGCGAUCGAGAGCUCUCCCGAGAAGAGACUCACACUGUCACAGAUUUAUGACUGGAUGGUUCGCCACGUCCCUUACUUCAAAGAUAAAGGCGACAGCAACAGCUCAGCGGGCUGGAAGAACUCGAUACGUCACAACCUCUCGCUCCACAGCCGGUUUAUUCGAGUGCAGAAUGAAGGCACAGGCAAGAGCUCCUGGUGGAUGUUAAAUCCUGAUGGAGGGAAAUCUGGGAAAUCCCCCCGGAGACGCGCAGUUUCCAUGGACAGCAACAGCAAGUACUUGAAGAGCAAGAGAGGGGCAAACAAGAACAAAGCCACCCUGCAGGCAACGCAAGAGCGGAAUGAGGGUAGUCCUUCAUCGCAACACACCAAGUGGUCGGGCAGCCCCAGCUCUCACGCCAGCGAUGAAUUUGACGCGUGGACUGACUUCAGGUCACGGGCCAACUCAGCUGCAAGCACCCUGAGUGGUCGGCUCUCCCCAAUCAUGGCUAAUUCAGAACUGGAUGAGCUUGAAGAUGACGACAGGACUCCGUCUUCUCCAUUACUCUACCCCAGUCCCUCGAACACCUUGUCCCCAUCUGUAAGUGCAAGGCGCCCUGUGGAACUUCCUCGCUUGGCUGAUAUGGCUGGAACAAUUAACUUGAAUGAAGGGAUAACAGAGAACCUGCUGGAGGAGCUGCAGGAUAAUUACAACAUGAGCCCAUCACAGCAGAUUCCCUCAGGGUGCCUGAGGCAGCGAAGCUCCAGCUUCUCAUUUGGAUCUAAAUGUUCGACCCGCGGAAGUCAGACAAGUACAUACAGUGUCACCAUGUAUAGUCCACCCCCCAUGACUAUGUUACGCCACUCUCCCAUGCAGACUAUUCAGGAAAACAAGCAAGUCACUUUUUCAACAAUCAACCACUAUGGGAAUCGCAUGUUGCAGGAUCUUUUGACCCCAGAGUCGCUUCGACACAAAGAGGUCUUGAUGACUCAGUCAGACCCCCUGAUGCCACAGGCCAAUACAGUCGUAACUUCACAAAACCAGAGACACAUGGUGCUGUGUUCUGACCCAGCAUUAUCACCUUUCAAUGCCCAGUCCCCCAGAUUACUGAACAGCAAUCCAUUUCAUCACCCAUCGCCAGUGCAGCAAAAUUCUGCUGUCAAUAACGGUGCCUUAUCCAAUCCCAUUGGCCUUAUGCACAUGCACUCGGAUGCUGGUAACAUGAACUCUGUCACGCACCAUCUCCAAAACCAGCUUCACUCACUUGCCAGCCACGGGAUGCAAAUGGAAGCAUCGGACUCAAGGCUGACCUCCUGCCCCGGAGGGAUUAACAUUUCUGCCAUGAGUCAAGAUAAGUUCCCCACUGACCUUGACCUUGACAUGUUUCAUGGGAGUCUGGAGUGUGAUGUGGAGUCUAUCAUUCUUAAUGAGUUCAUGGAUAAUGAAGAGCUUGAUUUCAAUUUUGACUGUGCUAUGCCAACUCAGAAUGUUGGCAUCAAUAUGGCUACCUUACCCACUGUUCCGCAGACCACAAAUCAGAGUUGGGUGCCAGGGUGAAGUAGGAUUACAAUGUUCACUAUCAUGGAUGAAAAUUGGUUCCAUCAAGGCUCAAAGACCAGACCAAAUUAAUACAUGGCUUCUUAGGAAGCACAUACUUGAAAACCGAAAACAUUGUUUUGUUUCCUUUACCUGUAACACACUUUAGAAGUACAAUCAAGCAAGGCAAUAACAUAUUCUUUAUUAAAAUAGCUGUUAUGCCAACU